AUGACAAACUCAGAUUUGAAUCCCAUUUUCAUCUUCCUCCUUCUCCUUGUUUCUUUUCAUCAUCAUUACAGUACUGCAGAACCACAGCCGGGAAAACAACUAUCGUUUCCUCACAGGUCUCCGACAACUUUAUGGGAUGUGGCGUCGGUUAGUGUAAUUGUUGGAGCCAUCUUUGCAACACUUCUCUUAAUUUUCAUCUUCUUGUUGUUGCUCCUGCGCCGCUACUUACCGUCUCAGUCAUCAAAAUGUGAAGCUGCCAUUGGUAUAAAUCCUCAACUACUCAAAACUUUUCCAAUUGUAUUGUACUCUUCCGUAAACAAACAUGUUAAGGAAGGUGAUGAAGGUACUCUACCAUGUGCUGUGUGUCUCGCUGAAUUUGAUGAUAAUGAUACCAUUCGUGUGUUACCUCGAUGUGAUCAUUUCUUUCAUCCAACAUGUAUUGAUGCUUGGCUUUCUACUCAUGUUACAUGUCCUGUUUGUCGGACCAACCUCGACGGUGGCCCUGGAAUUGAAUCGGUAAAUGAAUUUGUGAAGAUAAAUGAGCCUGAUGCUUUAGUAGCAGAAGGUGCAAGGGAGGAUUGUUUGAAGUUAACCGAGGAUAGAAAUGUUGGCUUCAAGUAG